AAGCUCAGUCAGAGCUAAGACUCCGGGCCGUGUGUUUAUGUAGAGAGGGAGGGACCUGGAGCAGCGGGGCUAAGGCUGAUGUAGAAGGAUCAUGAGGCUGGACGGUGCCGGGGUGUAACAGAGGCUGCUGGGAGUUAGUGAGUGGGUCACACUGGUCAUACACUGAACUCUAUUGGCUGCUUUAUACUGAGCUUUGUGCAGGAGGAGCUGCUGGGCUUCUAUAUAAGGCUCAUAGUGAUUAGUUACAUGUCCUGCGCUCAACACUCUCAAGGCUCUGCUAUAUAUUAUUAUUAACUUUUAUUUAUAUAGCGCCAGCAUAUACAAUAGGGUCCGGGGGAGUUGGAGGUCAGACAGUGAGGAGUGAGCAGCUAUUGUCACUGAGACUUACAGUUCAACUACAGUCACAGGGAUGGGGUCCAAGGGGGCGCUGACUUGUUACACGUGGGAGGAGAUAAAGAAGCGCUGCACACGUGACGAGCGAUGGCUGGUCAUUAACCGCAAGGUCUACGACAUAACGCGAUUCGUCAAUGUUCACCCCGGCGGGCCGAGGGUCAUCAGUCACUAUGCGGGGCAGGACGCCACGGAUCCUUUUACUGCCUUCCACAUAGACCAGGAGAUGGUCAAGAAACGCAUGUGCUGUUUGUUGAUCGGGGAGUUGGCUCCAGGGGAACCAAGCGUGGAGCCCUGCAAAGAUGCUGCCAUGGUGGAAGAUUUCCGCACUCUCCGCACCGCAGUAGAGCAGAUGGGCCUCUUUCGUCCCAGCAAGAUAUUCUUUUUUGUGGCUCUGCUGCACAUUAUACUGCUGGACGUAUUGGCAUAUGCCACACUGUAUUAUGGUGGCACCUCCUUCAUUCCUUUGCUGGUUACAGCUUUACUCCUGGGUACUGUGCAGGCUCAGGCUGGGUGGCUGCAACACGACUUUGGACAUUUGUCGGUUUUCAGCCGAUCCUUGUGGAAUCACAUUGCACAUAAAUUUGUUAUUGGCCAGUUGAAGGGUGCUCCUGCCAGCUGGUGGAAUCACUUGCACUUUCAGCAUCAUGCCAAACCCAACUGCUUCCGCAAGGAUCCCGAUAUUAAUAUGCACCCUUUAUUGUUUGCACUGGGAAAGAAGCUCUCCGUGGAGCUUGGAAUGAAGAAGAAGAAAUACAUGCCGUAUAAUCACCAGCACAAGUACUUCUUCCUCAUUGGGCCUCCAGCACUGAUUCCCGUCUAUUUCCAGUGGUAUAUCUUCUACUUUGCAAUACAGCGCAAGCAGUGGGUGGACCUGGCCUGGAUGAUUUCCUUCUAUGUGAGGUUUGGCCUUUGUUACAUCCCUUUCUUGGGGGUGAGCGGCACCAUCGCUAUGUUCAUGUUGGUUAGAUUUAUUGAGAGUAACUGGUUCGUGUGGGUCACUCAGAUGAAUCACAUUCCAAUGAACAUUGACUAUGAUCAGAAUAAGGAGUGGCUCUCCACUCAGCUCCAAGCCACGUGCAAUGUGGACCAGUCCCUGUUCAAUGACUGGUUCAGCGGACACCUCAAUUUCCAGAUUGAACAUCAUUUAUUUCCCACCAUGCCCCGGCACAAUUACUGGAAAGCUGCUCCCCUUGUCCGCUCGCUCUGCAAUAAGUAUGGCAUUGAGUAUCAGUCCAAACCUUUAUUCACGGCGUUUGCGGAUAUUGUACAUUCGUUAAGGGAAUCUGGAGAGCUCUGGUUGGACGCCUACCUUCACAAGUAGCAAGACUUCCCAUUGUACAGGGGUGCAGCUAUUUAUUGCCAGCAGUCACUGAACAGCAGCAGAGGAGAUUCAGGGGUGCUACUAGGAUCACAUUACUGCAGUGCCUCCUGGGCUUGUUUGGAACCUUGUAAAAUUUCCGAUGCUAUCUUUUUAUCAAACAUUACAGUCACAGAAGAUCAACCUACAAAGUAAUAAGGAAGACUGCUCGAAUUAUGAGCCCAUACAUACAGUAUACCCAAAGAUUAUAUGGUGUAAAUGCUCCUCCGAUAUUUCAUUUCUGGUUAUUUGACUCUACAGCGACACCUUCAGGAGAUCCAGCAAGCUGCACCUUGAAUGUAUUCACAUUAAGUCAGAAAUGCAUUUGCUUCUUCAAGGCAAGAUCCGACAUUCAACAAAUCUGUCCUUUUUCUUUCCAGAUUAAAACAUUUAGGGCUUCACAGAGGUGGCUUUUUAAGAUCAUUCAAAAACGAUAUAGUCUUGGGGAACCUCAGGCAUACGUAGUGUGUUUUCUGGUGAGAAUCAUGAAAAUGCCCCAACUUUAUUAUUAUUACGUGUGCCUUAGGCCAAGUUGACGUGCAGCUUGCAGUAAAGUAACACUGACUUCUUUUAUUGUAUGUCAUAAUGGUGAGAGCAAUUAUCUCUUUUAAAAUUGAUCUCCCUUCUCUGCCCUGAAUUAUGUCCUAGUGCCCACCCUUCUCCAAACUGCCUGUUCUACCAACAGAUUACAUACAUUUUAUAUGUUAAAGUGUCAUACCACUUUAAAGUCAUCUUUAUUACAUAACAGGGGUAAAAUGAAGAUUUUUUGUUUUGUUUUUACUUUACUUCUUGAGCUCAGGCCAGACAGAGCACUUUCUCCAGUGGAAAAUGUUAGCAGCUUGACAUGAUGCUUCUCAGAACUUUAAAUGAACAAUGAAGAGCACCGUAUCUUCGAUCCAUCACGUGAUUUUUCAUUCAGUCACUGCCAUCUCUUCAAAUACACCCGUUUAGCCCCAGGUGUAGCUGCCAAAGGGGUGUUCUAGCCUGGCCCACUGCUCAGAUAUCUCCAUGGGGGUCUGACAAAAUGAAUAAACAUGGCACAUGUGCCUGUGGUAUUGAGGUCCAUAUCUGCCAACUGCAUUCAUGGUUUUGAUUAAACAAUGCAUCGAAAUUAAGGUUGAUUCAUAAAUUCUUGCAUUAAAAACCUAUAUAGGACUUAGUCCUAUAGUAGUUUUCUAGUAAGUACUAUACAGCUGUGAGUUUUAUACUCACAGGGUUGUAAAUACUUGGCCUUUAGAAGCCAGGGUCAGCCAAUGCAGGAGAUUUUUGUAUUUUUUUGUGACCUUGUCACUACACUUUCUUCCCCAUGUAACUUGAAUAAUGCAUCCUAUUGAUUGUACUAUAUAUGGGAAUAGGACCAGUGUCUGACUUGGCUUUUGCUCAGGAUCCCAUUAAACAAAUUCUCUCCACUCAAUUCCUUCCUUUUGCUUCUCAAUCCUACUCCUUGUCCCAUGACAUACUUUAGCUGUUUCAUUUUCUUCUCUCUUCCAUAUAUUUCACUCCCAACUUUAUUUGUUGGAAACCUCUUUCUACAUGUUUUUCUUUGACUCUUUUUCCUACUCCUUGUCCAUUGACAUAUUUUAGCCUUUUCAUUUUCUUCUCUCUUCCAUAUAUUUCACUCCCACCUUCAUUUUUUGGAAACAUUUCUAUUUUCAUUUCCUAUGUUCUUCUCUCCAGUUUCCUCUCUCAGUGUCAUGUUAUCAUCUGUCUUCAUUUCCAAAUUCUCUGUACUGUAUUACUUACCACUUAUGUACCUGCAUUAUUGCCUGGCUGCAUCUAUAUCACUGACUCCUCGGGCUUAGACUGCAGACUGGUCUGAUUGCAUUUAGACCAACUAUAAAAUAAAUCAGAAAUGAGUGAUCCGCUUGAUACAGGGGCACACCAAUGCCUUGACUUCUUUUUUUUUUUUUUAAAAAGCCUAUGGUUGCAGGAACUUUGGUCUGACUGCCUGUGUUGAUCCCAAUGGAUGCCACUGUAUCUGUUCCAAUCUAGAUUCCAGACAGAAAUCAGCUCAGUGUGGGUGGUAUAAAUAUAGAAGUUGAACCUUGCUAUACAGUUGCAAGGAUUAAGAUGCAGGCAGGCAAUACCAGAGACGGGCUAGGUUUUCUUUCGGUGGUCAUGUGCACCCUAGGUGAAGGGUUUGCAGAUGGACUACUGAAAGAAGUAAUUAAAGGGCUCGCUUGGAGCUUUCCUGGUGUCCCAGCAGACCAGCUCAACAGUGAACAUGAGCAUUAGCUGAUUGUAUUUCAAUAAUAAAGCAAUUUUUCCAAA